AUCGGAUGCGGUUCAGUCGUGAUGCACCCCGCGCACCCUCCUUUUGCACGGCUCUGGUCUCAGGUGCGACAGGUGUAACACGCGACAUACACACGCGAACGGGACACACACACACCACACACAAGCUAGUGUCGAAGUGCGCGUCUUCCGCCGCAGAGGGCGUGCGCAUGUUUUUCUUGCUCUUUUUUUUCCUCGAGCAGUCGUGUCCAAUAUGGCGUGCGUGUUGUGAGCAAUGUUAAUGUGCAGGUAAGUUUCGGAGCGUGAGUCUCAUGUUCGCGCGCACCACACCCGUGACUAAACUCGACCACGGGAGCCGUCGUCGUCGUUGUCGUUAUUGUGUCGUCGCGACCACGCGCGCCUGACGUGAGCAACGACACGACGAGUCGUCGCGACACCCUGCGUACAUGUACGUGUGCGUGUGUGUACGUCGAGCGUUUGUCAGUCGUAGUAUCUUCAAGGCCCCCUCCGUGUGCGGGCAAGGUGCGCGUCUCUUUCGUCACUCGCGCGUGUUAAAAUCAUUGUGAAUCUCUCGCGACACGGCGGACGUCGUGUCGAACGUAAACAUGGACAGACGGACCGACGGGGCGCAUCGCGGGCCGUGGGGGUAGGGUGGCGAACAAUGGCCACAACCACGGUGAAUAUGGUGUCACCUGUUAGUGAUCGCUCCAGCGCCGAGGCCGACGCGUCGUCAGGCGCCGUGGCCAACCUCGGGCCACCCGCGGUCUGACAGCUCGCCGCUUCGAUUUUCGUGUAACAAUAAUUUCCUGUAAUAGUACAUUAUUCGAUGUUUAUUCGCAUUCCGUCGUACGAUUGUGUUCGGGGUGGAGGGCGGGGGGGGGGGGGCGCAUGUUGAGUAUGCUGCGUCUGUGCGUGUGCGCGUGGUUUUACGUACCGAAGAUGUCAAAGAGAGGUAACUCCCUGCUUUUAGUACUUGGACGGAUCUCUGCGAAUAAGUAGCGAACGAUGUAAUCAUAGAAAAAUAAUAGCAGAAAACAAUGUACAAUGAACUACAAUGGAAAUAUGCCAGAUUGGCAUCAGUAUAAUCCCGCGCAGUCAGGAAUAAAUGACGUAACAUCAACCGCUCAAAAUGUCAAUUCCGGACACUUAUCGUUCAUGUCCAGUAUUAGUCCGACCUGCCCGACGCAGUUGAACGGCUUAAAUCUCAGCUCGGAUGGACUCGAGAAGCAUCCCCAGAAUGACCCCAAUUUCAAUCCAAGGCAUCACUUUCAGCCACAUCUACCACCGGGGAACAUCCCGCAUGGCCACAAUGCCGCCGACAACAAUCCCUUGGCGUCGAUGGUACAGAUGCAGAAUUGCAUUGGUCACUAUGGGCCUUCGAACACGCGAAAUCCCAUGGUGGACAAUCUGAACGGUGGUCCUAUGGAUCCGAGGAACGCUGCGUUAGGCGGCAUGAAUGAGGAGCUAGGCUACAGAAACAAUCAGGUGCCUUUGAAUGGGCCUAUCUCGCACAUGAAUGGACCAAAUCACGUGAUGAAUAUGAAUGCGUCACACGCGUCGAUGGGACCGCGAAACGCUAACGUGAACCACUCGCACGUCGCUAACAGAACGGGACCACCAUCCUUCGUUCCACAAUGCAAGGCACCGUGCUGCAAUCCGGAUCCCAAUGUGAGCUAUCAGCAGUACUGUUAUCAGAAUAAUGCGUAUAGGGACAACGUUCGCUCAUCCACUGGAUACCAAACGGAUGUUCGACGUUUUGGAAGCGAAUACAAUUUCAGAAAAGAUAAUUUUGAUGGCAAGGAAGUCCUGCCAUCUAUGGUACCACCUAACGGACCACAUAACACAAAGCAUCGUAAGGAUCGUCUGCUCUCCCGCAACUACCCGUCGUCCUCAGGCAUGCUGCAAAACUACAACCCCAUGCAAAACUACAAUUACCCGGGCGAGUAUCAAAAAUAUCCCUACAACAUGAAAGAGUAUUCCAAGAUGAGCGGCAUGAACGUGCUGAAUCAGGCAAUGGUAAAACAUCCGGAGCAGAACGCCUUUGCAAUGCCCCAGCAGAAGUACAAUAACAACAAGCAAGUGCCGUAUCAGACCGGUGGCAACGCCGGGAUGCCGCUGAUGCCUACUAACAUGCCGUCCACGAGUGUUCCGAACCCGAAUAUAAUGCCGCCAUCUGCGCAGAAUACCUACUUUAAUUCGCAGUAUCCGCGGAAUCUGCCGAUCGAUACUUCGACGCACGACUGUCAGGAGGCUGCCGACAACGCGGCAUCCAUGAACAGAAACAUGCAGUCGUCCGCGAUUAUGCAUACUCCUUCCCAUCCGCGAUACCACCAGACGUAUCAGCAGAAGUUAAUGAUGCAGCGAUACUCGAUGGAGAAUCAUCUGAGGGAGAUGGCGAAGAUACCCGGGUACCAGUCGCAACCCAAGUAUAAGGAAUGUGUUCAUAAGUAUAGAGAGAUAUUGAAGUUACAGCAGUCCGCUACAUAUCAGGGACAAAUGCAGCAGCAGCAGGCACCGUGUGUCGCUGCGUCGACUAUCAAUACCUCUGUUCCCCCUAUCCCACCGAUAAACUUGCAGUUUGAUCAGAAUGGCGUUCUAAUCAAUUCUAACUACAUGCCCGAGGUUUUCUCCCGAAUGCAGCAAACGGUGAAUUCUCAGGCGCCGAUCAACAGUCCGAUGGACAAGCAGAGCAAGCAGGACAACGGCAUCCCUAACGAAAUGAUGGCUCACAAUGUUCAAAAACCGGAACAAUUGGUCUCGCAGCAUCACGACGGUCACACGGCCGCUCUGUGCGCGUCCGACGGCAUGCAGAAGCAGAGCCAGUAUCCCGUGCAAAAGAGUCUUGCUCAGAAUCAAUUGGAGAUGCAGAAAGCAGGGAGCUUCGAUAAUUUAGCCGGAACGAAUGUGACCGAUGCAACCGCUAUGCAGCAGAAAAUGUCCAAGGAAUUUGCUGACAAGCCGGAGCUUGACGUACGACAGUUUCUUGCCAACUGGGAUGAGUCGGAGGAGGAGGACGGCGCGGGCGUCACUAACCUGCCGAACGGCGCCGUUCUGAGCAACUCGACGCCGGUAGUGGUCGUGGGUUACGAGAACGUAGACCUCUCAUCGGCGAAGACGCUGGAGAAUCUGGAGAUCUCUAAGCCAGGUGAGAUCACCUCAACGAGCGUAAUUACGUUCGAGGCCGCGGAGAACGUCGCGGAGAUUGCGAAGAACCCUGUGACGUGCAAGGAUAUCGCAAAAGAGGCCAUCGUGCAGCCAGGCGGCCACAUCAUACAAUGCAUAAGCAAUGGGCCCGACGAGGUGCCCACGAUACACAUAGUCGACAAUCUAGAGAUAGGCAGCAUCUUGCAAGUCACCAACGGCCAGGUCACCACCGAGACUCUGGAGAGACAGAACGCGGUGCCGUUCUUCCAGGAGGGAACGGCGGUCGAGGCAGCCGCAAUUACUCUCGAGGUCGAGAAGAAAACCAACGACAAACCGGAUACAGCGACCGAGUACAACACCGAAACGCUCGAGAACCUUGGAAGUAAGAAGGAAUACGUUGUCGAGUGUCCCGCUCCGCCUAAAACAGUGGAAAGUACAUUGCAAACAUCGCGAGUAGAUAACCAAGGGACGACCGCUGUCCUGCCUGCAUCCUCCACGAAGGACUCAGUCCGAGACAUGAACCUGAAGAAACAGAAUAGUUUCGCGAGCGAGGAGUCUCACAAUCCGGACGACAUAAGUUUGCCGGAUCUGCCCACGUCCGAGUGCACGCCGAUUUCCACUACGCUAAACACGCCAAUUCAUUCCGAUAACGAAGAGUCGUCGGAGCGUGUCGAGGAUCUUACGAUUUCGACAAAUCCAAUCGAGGUCAUGCAAAACAGCCCUGUGAUUAGUUUUACGCAGACGUCACCGACGAAGGACGAGUCCUAUGAUCAUCAUAUGAACAGUGAGGGAGGAACCGUCAGGAAUAAACCGACCGACUCGCUGAGAGGCGAUUACCGGGCGAGGAAUCGCUUCAAAAACAACAGCGAUGAUAAUAACAUGCUUGGUCACGACACCAUUCUCGAUACAUUUGAAUUUUCCGAUAAGAGUGAAACUACAACAAGCAGUAAGGAACGUGUAAACGGUAUUUCCGUUUCGACAAACAACGGUGAAAAAGUAUUUGCACUCGGCGACAUGGAUGAUACAGAAACUGUGGAGGCCACCAGCAUGCGCAUGACACUGACCUCCGGCGAGUAUGAAUUAAAGAUUGUGUCAACGGGAGCGCAGAAUAAAUCUAUAUAUAAUAAAAAUUUAAUGAACGAGCGUCGUGCUAAUGAGUCCCAAACGGCAAAUCCGGAUGCUCAUAAGAAAUUAACAGAAACAAGUGCGUUACGUGUAUCGUACUGCGACUCAACGAAAAUCGAAAACGUGUCGCAAUGUAAUAAUUCUGACACCGUUGACUUCGAUGUCAGUCGGGAUGACGUCAAUCGUUCCGGAAGACGCGUCUCGACUGAAAUAAUUUGUCAAACGAAUAGAGUAAAUGUAUCAUCAUCGACGAAGGAUACUCCAAGGAAUUCCAAGGUUGAAGAUGUCACUAAAAAUAAUUCACCUACAUCACACGCGAAACAUUUGAGUAGCGAUAAGUUAAGGAAAUCCGAAGUGACGUUCGCGAAAGAGGACUUUGCCUCGGAGAACAGCGCCAACGGUAACAGAUCAGCGAGGAUUGAUGCGAAGGACCCGAAAAGUUCUCAGCAUACGAGGCUUGCGGAUCGUAGUAAGUUGAUCUCAAACGACCAGACGCUUUCUUACAAAAAGGAAUAUCUGUCAGAUAAGGAGACGACGGAGAGAUGCGACGAAACCAUCGAACGUCACAAUAAACAUAGUCGAGAGGCGGCGAUGAAUAAGGAUAAGUCUUGUACAGUUGAAAAUCCUGAAGAAUCCGACGGUAAUUCGCAUAAUAAACCAAAAGUGAUCGAAAAUAUUAGCGUCGAUGGCGCAGAGAGGAUGCGGCUUCUGAAGGAGUACAGAAGGAUAAAAUACAAAUCUCUUAGCGUAGGAGAAGCCCACGAUAAGAGUAAAGAUACGCAGGAAGCUUUUGAUUAUGCAGCGAGCAAGAAACAUCGUCGUUUGUCAAAUCCUGACGAACGAUCCGCAUCGCCGUGCAGUAAUCAGUUGUAUCCGAGGGACGUGGCAAGGUCUAAGUCCGAGGAGCAAGAGGGAAAACACGCAUCGAGCAUGCUGAAGACAUUUGUAACCAAGAAUGUGAAUAAUCCUGACUUUGCCAUUCAGGUCACGAACGUCAAUCGAAAGCGUAAGGAUGACGAGAAAGGAUUGCAGCAUUUAAGGGAGGAGACGAAGAGCGGCGGUGGUUCCCUCGACGGGAUCAAGAUCGAGAUAAACGUGUCUUGUACGGAACGGAACACAACGGAGAAAUUGCUACACGAGAACAUUAAAAACGCUGUUGCCGAAACCAUCGGCCACUUGACCAGCUCGAUCUCGAACGGUGCACGGGGAUCGAAUUCGACGAGCAUAACGGAAAUUCAGUGCGACAAAACAGAUCGCCGAAAUUACGAGAGACGUAGUCGGUCGCCGUCCAUUGUAAAGGAAGCAUCCGCGUAUAACGAAGCUCACGACGAUCAUGACGACACGGAAAUGAGACUCAAAUCAUUGAUCGCGGCUAAGGAGGAUACGAACGAAGGUAAUGUUAAUACGGACUCUGAACUAGCAUCGAACGCCUUGAAGAUUUUAAGAUCGGAGCAGGCGGUAGUUAGAAGGAGAAGCAUACAUCAAGACACAGAAAGGAAAAUUGCCGCUACUAGUUUCUGCGACGAGGAAUUGAAAGCCUCUUCGGAUAACUCGCCGUACGGAUCGAGGAAUGUGAACGUGCAGAAGAAAGAUUAUCAGGAAACGGCCGUUUCCGCUUCUUCUUGCAGGGGUGUAAAAAAUUGCCAAGACGGCGUCACGUCCAGAUUAAGCGCGGUUCCGUCGACUUCCUUGGGUACAGCGGAUGAACCCUGCACGGAAGAUGUUGGUUACGAUAAUCCCGUGCAUUUCGAUUAUAAUCACUUUGACGUUGCCCCGAACGAAACCGCAGACGCCGGCGACUGCAAGCGUAUUGACAGAUGGAAAAGAUCAAAGAGAGACGACGAUAGAUUUGGUAACUUUGAUCUUUAUGAAAGCACCAGCGGUUACGUGAAUCCGACCUUUUUUAGCGCGGAUGAGUCGAAGAAUCUGAAUACAGUUCCUGUGUACACCACCAAAGACGGAAAGAUAACUUAUAGUCCUAAUCCUCGGUAUCACGAGCUAAUUAUGGAGGCUCGCGUGAAAGACAGUUACGGUAACUCCCAUGAACCAUAUUUUCCGAAAUCUCCGUCGUACGAUUACUAUAAUUGUUCCAAGUUGCGGAAAGUAUUUAAGAGAAAAGACAUUAAAAAGAAGGAAGAAGAGACCGGAAAGAGAAGAGAAUUCGAUCUUGUCGAUGCCAAGUGUGCGGCGAAAUCACAUGAGUACUUGUCAAGUAAGAAUACUGCUUAUAAAAGUGUUAACUGCGCGAAGAUCCGAGGGACAUCACAUUUGGAGUUCUUCAACGAUGACGCGGACAAGCUUUACACAAACAAGAGCGUCCAGGAAGAUAACAAAGAAAGCAACAAGAAAAAUAUUGUCGAUUUGGAUGUUCUUGAAAAACAAUACAAAAGUGUGCACCUGGACAGUGAACCUGCGACCAGCGUUAAUCAUUGUAAGUCGAAAGGGUUUGCAGCGAACAAUCUUGAGUACGACAAAGAAUACAACGAAAGCUCCGUGUUUGAAUUUCGUGAAUCGAACUUAUUUUUGGAACCAAGGCCCGCGUAUUGGGAGGAGACGAUGGAAUCGAUCAAGUCGUAUUCCUCUCAUAUCGGCAGGCGAAGCAGCGAUAAUGUUAAAGAGUUGAAUUUCAGCGAAAUCUUUACAGUGCAGAAACGACUGGAUUCCUUCCCGUUUCUGCCUGCGGAGCAAGACUCUUCUGACAACGUCAAUCUUAAAUCAAAUUGUGACGUAACGAAUGAUCCAACGCUGCUUCAUACAACGUGUAAUUAUAUUAAUGAUCUACGUCCAGUUCGAGAUGACGAUUUGCAAUGUGGACAUGAAGCUGUUUCACAUAAUGAACAAAAAAAUGAAUGCAAUAAUCAAAAUGAAACAGAUGUUAAUGAUAAACCAGUAAACAUACUUAAUGCAUCAUUAAAUGUGCAAGAUAAUGAUGAACAUGCAAAACAUGCAAAAGAAUCUCAGUUUAAUGGAGACAAAGAGCAAGAUUGUGUGAUUGAACUCGUUGAAAAGACACGAUCGUGUCCCAAAAUAACAAAUGAAAAAAUUCCCGAUCCAGAAGGAGACCAAUAUUCUACGAAUUACGUUAAAGACAAGGAGGUCUCGAUGGAACAUCAAGUGAAAGAUGAAUCACACUUUCAUUGCACAGGCUCUCCAAAAGAAGAUAAAUUCGAUGCUAAGAUUGCGCACAUGAAAGAAGUCUCUGAAGAUUCUGCCAAAGUCGCGAGUCCAUUUAAAUUAAACGUCGAAUCUAAGGACUCGCUCGAUGAAUCAAAAAAUACGGAAACUGUACAAGAAUUGGCGCUUACCUCAAAUGAACGAGAUGAAAUCAAUGAUUCAGUGAGAGAUGAUGAAAUCGAUGAUUCGACGAGAAAUGACAAAAUCAACGAUUCGGCGAGAGAUGACAAAAUCAACGACUCGGCGAGAGAUGACAAAAUCAAUGAUUCGGCGAGAGAUGACAAAAUCAACAAUUCGGCGAGAGAUGAUGAAAUCAAUGAUUUGAGAAAACAUAAGUCAGAUUCUAUGGAACAAGCAUUAUUAGAUCAAGAAACUGUACAUGAACAAGUUUUAUCAACCUCGAUCAAUCACAAAGAUAAAGAGAAAACUGCACCCGCGACGGAAUCGAAUGUCCUGACCGAAAUUAACAACGAUCAAACGAAUGAACCGAACGCGUAUAAUAAAGAUUUUGCGAUAUCUGAAAACGACGAACCGAUUAUCUCGCAUAAUCCGUCUAACGUCGUAUUCGUGAAUGAACAAACGUUUGAUGAAGAAGGCAAUGAGGAGCAGCAAUCGGAAAAACCAGAAAACUAUGAGCAGACAACUGAAGUUUCAUUGAAAGAUCAAGGAAAUGACGAGGUUGACACUUGUUCCGCGUUAAUAUCUACGCCGGCCCUCACCUUGGACCUACGAAAGAAAGAGAGCGUAUGCGAUCUGUUUGCAUGCGAGAGGCGCGAGCAAAAUAUAUCGGAAUUUACCGUUAUCAAGAGCAUUAUUAAAGGCGAUAAGCCACGAGAUCAGCAACAACAACCGGAAAUAAACGAGAAUACCAAAGAUUGCGGUAACAUAAUCGAUUCCAAGUUACUGUGCAUAGAUUCUUCCGAUUGCGGGAUUUACACGGAGGACAGAUGCGUGUUAACGCAGAUGUCCGAGCACGAUUUCACGGAGGAGGACAGCAUGGUGCCGAUGAUGUGGGAGACGAGCCAAAUCCAGGAGGACGCUGUUAAUCGUUUGUGCAACAUCGACGAGGCGACGAUUGAUUUCACAGGCGCGGUUAAUUCGUUUCAAGAUAAUUCACUCUUAGGCCACCUGUCUCUCUCGAGGAUGUCGACUACUAACAAGGAGCUACCUCAAAUCAACGCGGAAGAAUCAACCGCGAUUGAGAUUAAAAACAAGGCGAUCGACGUGCCCAUGCCAAUACUCGAGUCGACGACGGCAACGGUCGAGGAAAAAGAAAAGGAGGAAAAACAAGAAGAGGAAUCUAACGCGACACCGAGCAACGACAAAAACAAGGAGGAGCAGAAUCAAAUUUCUUCCAGUAAUAACUACGAGAAGAUAGCAUAUUUGCGUGCGACGGAUUGUAACGCCAACACAAAGAUGGUCCCUAAACUCGUCAUUAAGAAAAGUGAAUCUAGCUCGAAGUUUAUUACAAAGAUGGGUUCCUCUUCUAUUGCACAGGAUAGCGUAAAUAGCAAGUCGAUUUGCCAUCCGAAGAUACCAAAGAUGAUUAUCAGAAAUGCGAGAUCUCGUCCAGGUACUCCGUCUAUCGAGUCAGUUCAUGAAGAGACUCCUGCUCAAGCAAAUUUGAUCUCUGAUCGGACCUUGCUUAUGAACGAGGAUUUGUACGAGAGCAAUUCCGAAAGUUCUAUGUACGAGUCAAGUAGUUUUAGGAAUAAGAUUCCCAAGAUGAAGAUCAAACUAGAUGAAAAACAUUCCAAUAAAAUAUUGAGGGCUGAUGAUGAAGCGGAGCUUUGCCUUAAACGCAAAAGCAUCAAGAAAACCAUACCAAAGGUGAAAAUAAAGAGUACCUCGAGGUCUGAUCUCGCGGACGAUUGCAACAGUAUAACUUCUCAGGAUUCGAGAGAUUCAGGAAAGUAUGAAGAAAAGAUACCUAUACUAAAAUUGAAAAAACAAGAAAGAAAUAGGUCGUCAUCUCCAGAGGUAACGCGGAAAAGACAAAGCUCUAACUAUUCAGAAGCAGUACCGGUUAAGAAGUCCAAGAGACUUUCUGGUUCAUUGGGACGCGACGAGAUGAAACAUUCCACGAAACGCAGCAGCUCCUCCGAUUCAACACGAACGAAUGUGUCGGAAUGUGAAACGAAGAAAAAUCCUUUGGCACGCAUCUCCGAGAAGAUUCCUAAGGUGAUCAUUAAGAGAGCAUCGGCUAGCGCGGAGUUUAAAUGUGAACUGAGCAAGAGUUGCAAGAAUGUUAUCGCGAAAAGCGCGAAGUGGCAGCCAGAAGUCAAGCUGGAAAGAUAUCACAUCUUGGACAACAUGGUGAAGGAUUUAAAAUUAACUUUGUUGCCCGAUACGCUACGAGCUAUUGAUAAAAUGUUUGCAAGUCGGAGGGAUAGUCAUCGCCAAGAGAAGCAGGGUGACUGCAAACUGUCCAGGUCGAACUCUACAUCCGAUCUGCAACCGGCCAAGUAUAAGCAGAGGAGAAUGUCAGAUUACGACUGUAGAAAGGUCAGCGAUGUGCCAGACAUAUAUUUCAGAGAUACCAAAACGCCGUGCACUACUCCGAAGAAGAAUUUGCCCAGAGGUUAUAAGUCAACAAACGACGAAUAUCCAAAGGAUAAUAAAAGACAUAGAUCAAGAUCUCGCGACAAUAAUCCGCGAUCGGAAGCGGAUGUUACCUCGUUCGAUAAGAAAAUCAAUCAGUCAUCUGAAAAAGCUAAUUCACAGAAAGCUACCUCUCAUUACAAUAAGCACAAGACUGAUAGUUUUGAUAUCGAUCGCGAACAAGCGGACGAAGAUACAAUCUCAAACAAGCUUAGCCAGAGAAAUACUCCUACUAAGCAUCCAAGCGACUCAAACUUCAAACUCGCGUUAAAGGAGCUAAAGGCAACAUCGAAUUUGGAAACCUGUUUCGUAAAAUUGUCCGGCACGAACGAAACAACCGAAAAAAUCAAUUUACGAAUUGACAAAGAGCAACGGAAGGACGACGACAAAGUUACGAUAAACAAAGAACGACGUCUGAGUUCCAGUGACAUGGACGAUUGCACUCUACAGGAUGAUACUUAUCUGCUCAAAGAUGACUCCGCGAGUAUGCUAGAUAAUUUUGAGGUGAACAACAGUGCCGUUAUUAAAGUCGAGUCUUCAGAUGAGAGCCAGUCGACUAUAGAGAUCCUGCCUGCUUCGCCGGAUGAUAGUAGCGAACUGGAAAGGCAUAUCGAAGUUGAGGAUGGCGAUAGAGAGCAAUUGUACUCGGCGGACGCAAUUCCGACUCAAUUCGAGUUGGAAUUAGAGAUCACGGACAACAGCAACCCAGGUAUACCGGAUAUAUCCAUGCCGAAACUCGAUCCUAUCUGUCCACGUAUUACGUCCGAAGAGUCGAGUCACGUUCAAACCGCGAAAUUGGAGCGUUACGAUAAAUUUGAUUCUUCUCCUCAUGGCAAGAAUUCACUCGGAAAAAAUAAACGCAUUGCGGAGUUCGAUAUUAACAACGAUGAUGACUCUGUGUUGGAGAACAGUUCGGCUGACUCUGUCAAAAAAGUCUUAUCGAAAGUUUCGUGUUGCAAGGCGGCAGGUUUCACUACAACGAGGGAAAGUUUCUGUUGCAACGACUCCUUGAUUAAGGAAGUUUUAGCGGCCAAGGAGACCUUGAAGAAGUGCCUUUCAAAAUCUAAAUACGAUAUGCAGAGCAGCGCGACAGAUAGUAUGAGACUAAAGACAACCACGGAGAAAAAGCAGGGUUCGAGUUUCGCUAUCGACCGCUCCGCAAAGGUGUCCUCGAAUGACAUUCCUCAAGGCGACGUCGUGCCUCCGAUAAAUUCCACACCUAUGGCAAAUAAACACAAGACUGAAAAUAUAUCAAACAUCGAGAAGUCUGAUAAGAAACAUUCCAAGCACAGCAAAAGUUCCUUCAUGAAGAAGAAACCGAAAUCACAUAAGAAAAGCGAAAUGGAUUCCAAAAAAGCGACAAAAAAUACCCCCGAAUGCAAUACGAUAUCCCUAAAGACGUUUAAACAGUCUGAUCAGUCUGCAUUGAACAAGAACUUGUCUUGUACUGUACACUUAAACGAGAAAAGAAAGAGUCUGAAUGGCCACAGCGACGAUGUUCUCCAUCGAGAUCCGCAGCGGAAAGAGAAAAAUCGACUAUCGUCCUACAAAAUUCCCAAGAUAUCGAGAUCCACCGAUCAGCAAAAUAACACGAGCGUCGCGAAAGAAGUCAAGCCAAAGGAGGAUAACAUGCCCGUACUACAGCCUGAGGUAAACGUGAAUUUCGAUGCAAAUUCAGACAGAGAGAACUCUAGAUCGCCACCAGUCAUUACGAUUCAGGACAACGAAGAUCUCGGUAUAGUGGAAUCCAAAUUGAUGGACGAUGAAAUUGUAAUGUCGAGUAUUAAAAUCGAGAGCGAUACGAAGGAUGUUCAUAAGAAGAGCGAGAUGUCCAUUGUCGAUUUCAUAACUCAACUAGCUUAUCACGAAAAGGCGACGAUAAAGCACAGACGGUACUGCAACCUGUGCGAAAGAUGGUUCCCUACGACAUCGCGGCAUCGACGGCACUUGGCUGGAUACCAACACCGUCACAUAGAAUUGACACAACGUAGAAGCAUUCACGCAUUAUUUACGCUCUUCACGGGUAAACCCUGCCCUAGGCUAGUACCGGCGAAUAUUGUGCGAAGUGAUUGCUCCGUAGGUGAAUUAACGCCUUUACAAAUUGCGGUACAGGAUGUCACAAAGGGUUUCGACCACAUACAGGAAAGUCCUAGAAAAGAAAACAACGUUGAUAAAUAAUCGCGAGUAAGUUAUUUGGAUUAUAAGCCUAGAUAUACCGUUACUGUGAUUAUAAUAACGGCUUACAGUGCAAUCUUUUACAAACAUUAUCCGCGAGAUAAUGAAAGAUGAUGCAAAUAUAUUAUAUCGCAGCUGGUUCGCAAAACUAGUCCAGCUGCCACUGUUAAUGGCGUCGGCAUCGAAAUUUUAAU